CUGAAUGAUAUGAGCAAGCGUUCUUUGAGUUAGUUUUCAAAUAUUCCAUUUUGAUUUAACUCUAUUUUCCAGUAUGGUUUAUAAGCAAGAAAAGGGAUGCUGUAAUAUUUCGUGCACCAAGGUUCUUUAUAUGUUUUUCAAUGUGAUUUUAUUGCUGACAGGUUUGGGAAUACUUGGUGUUGGUAUAUGGAUAAUAAGCUACAAGGGUGACUUUAACAGCCUCCUGACUUCAAAUAAUUACAUCAUUGUCCCUGGCUUGAUGAUUGCAGCAGGUCUUUUGGUUGUGUUUGUUUGUAUUGUUGGCUGUGUUGCUGUUAUCAAAGAAAACCGCUUCAUUCUGGUUUCAUAUAUCAUAAUGCUGGUCCUGAUAUUUAUUCUUGAACUUGCAACUGGAGUUGUGGCUUUUAUUUAUCGCAGUGAGAUUUCAGAUGAACUGCUGAAGGGAAUCAGAGGCAAGAUGAAUGAGUAUGAACUUUCUGAUGAUGUUACUGCUGCUAUUGAUAAGUUACAAAUGGAGUACCAUUGCUGUGGAGAUAUUGGAGCAGAAAGCUGGAAUAGUACUUCUUGGAAGCGUGAACGCAGAGGCAAUAACACUGUGCCAGAUUCAUGCUGUAAAACCUAUUCAAAACAUUGUGGGCUAAGAGACCAUCCCUCAAAUAUCAAUAAAGAGGGCUGUCUUACUAUGCUGGAAACGUUUUUCAAAGAGCAGUACUCUAUUUUGGCUGGUGUUGGUGUUGGGAUUGGGCUAUGCCAGCUUUUUGGAAUCAUUACAGCCAUUGUCCUCUUGCGAUACAUUCAGGUCUAUUGAAGUCAUGAUAUUACCUUAGUACUGCAUGCAUGGUCCUGGAGUAAAAUCACAGCUGCUAUUCUAAGUCAUUAUAUUACUUGUUCAUUCUUAAUAUUCCUACCACUCAUAUCCCUUAUUAGACCUGAUAUAACUACAACUACCAGAAUUUAUUAUUAUCAUAUUUUUUUGGCCUGAUUAACUUAUUGCUAUCAAAGAAGUUAAAACAUUUCAUUGGGGAAAAAAUAGACAUUUUUAGCAUGGACAUUAUGUUUUCCCAUAAUGUUUUCUUUCUCUUGAGAUUUAGAUUUUUUUUUUUUCUUUUUUUCUUUUUGAGUAAUAUUCAUAUUCAAAUGUUUUGUCUUGUGCAACAGUAAUUAAACGAAGAAAUGUUCUAAUGAAAUGAUACAUGUUCUGAAAUGGGAAAAAAUGACACCCAAGCUGAUAAGGUCUAUUUGAAGAGGAUUUUGGUAUAUAAUAAGGGGAAUAUAGGAAUGAAUUUAUGUGCUAUCAUGCCUAGAAACACAGACUUUGCUUAUGAUAAAGGUCUAGUAUUAAAUUUUGUGAAUGCAUUGGUAGUAAGACUAUCAUUUGCUAGUUUGAUACAAGUCAAGGCCACAGGUGGCCCGGAGUUCUAAAGAGUAUAUAUUACUAUAAAAUGCGAGUCUAUGUUGUUAUGAUGGAUAUACUGUAGAUGUUAACCAAAAGUGGGCUAUAUCAAAUAUUGUAGCACAAACUUGAAUUUUAUGAAUUACUUCUGAAAUUCCUUUUUUAUUUUUAUGAAUGUAGUAGCCUGUAUUAUAAAACUAACUUUUGUUGGAAAUAUAUAAUUGGAUGAAGUUAUAGAUAGGGUACUCAAUAUAACACUAUAUUACCUUGGUACAUAUCUAGAACAUAUCUAGCACAUUUUCUAAAUACAUUAAUAAACUAUGUGUAUAAAGAUAUUUUAGUAUAAACCAAUUAAUCGUGUAACAAAUCCUGCACUCUGAUUGGCUGAGCUACUAGUGGUCUAUUAGUGAAGCGAAAAGUAGCAGUUUUGAAAGCCAAAACAACGCAAGACUGAAUUAUUAUAAAGUAAUUUGAACAUUGUAUUCAUUUUUUUGACCUAUUGGAGGGUUUAUACUAAAACAAUUAGGCCUCUUGCUCUCCAGGUCUACGAGACAAUGGCCCAUUCGGACUAUGGCCUGACGUCACGGCAGCCAUAUUGGCGUACCUUGAUUUGACAAUAACUUUAUGACUAGUUUAUUUUGGCUGCCAUCUCCAGUUAUGUCAGCCAACUCUCUUUAUGUGAAAAACGCUUUGUAGAAAUCCAGACCAAAAGUAAUAUUGGUAUUUUGUUCAGUCUAGCAAUGUUAAAAUUAUAAAUUAUUUUUCAGUGUAUAUUUUUAAUUUUUAUACACUUUAAGAAUAUUUACUUUUGGGUUAUAAGUAUAUGAUAUCAUUGCAUUAUUUUAGUUAUCAUACGAUUUUAAUUAUCAUAAAUGCAUAAUGGUAAAUAGGCUAUUUUGUUUACUGUGUUAAAACUUUCGGUAUAUUUAUGAAAGUACAUAUAUUUUCUUAAAUAAGAGACUGUUCACUGUUGAAGGACAGCUGCGGUGGAAACUGAAGCACGAGAAUUUGCUUCCUUCUGCUUUUUCACUUUUUGCAUUUUCUUUAGACAUUACUUUAUAUUUAGCACUAACUUGUUCUAAAUAAACAAUAGACCCCUUGCAUGUAACAUCAAGAAGGAGCUCAAUUUGGAGGACAAGAAUUUCAAUCUCCUGAGAAUUGUUUUGCCUUCAAAAUUGAGCUGCAUUCCGAAGUGCUGCAAGGGGUCUAUAUAUUGAACUGUUUCACUGCGUUUACUGCGGUUUUCGAUAUUCUGCGAACUCCGACAUUUCAACGGCUUGUUGUGAAAUUGAUUUUCACUGCCACCAGUCAAGAACAUAAAAGGUGCCGACCCUGUUUGAUUUAAAACUACCGAGUUCGCAGAAUAUGGAAACCACAGCAAGUGUGUGCACUCUACUUGGCCUCGGCCUAUCGCAUAUUUACAUCAGGCCCUUUGACAUCAGUGGUACACUAACGAAGAAUGAGCAUGAAGCAGUUUUUGUCUUUGUCUGAAAUCCACAAACAACUUUUUUUUUUACUUUAUUGACAUAAUUUGUAAGUAAAAAGGUUAACUUUUGUGAAAAAAAAUAUAAAUAAAUAAARACUUUUGCUUUUGUCAUAUCA